CCAAAUAAUUAAUUUUAUUGGUGACGUAAGCACUUUCCAUCCAUCCAUGGAUGUGUACACUUUUCAAUCUUUCUCUCCUCCACAGCAUCUUCUCCUUGCAACAGUAGCUGCAGUCAUUGGACCACUCCUCUUACUGUUUGCUUGGAGUUGCUCAAAAUGGUUGAGCCAGCAGAGACUACCUAAUCCUCCUCCUUCCAAGAAGGGCUGGAUCCCAUGGCUUGGGGUGGGACUCCAGUUUGGUAAAGCUCCACUUUAUUACAUCAAGAGAGUUCAUGAAGAAUUAGGUGAUAUUUUUACAAUUUAUGCAGUUGGAAAGAGAAUGACAUUUUUAUUGGAUUAUAAAGACAGUUCCACUUACUUUAAGACACCGUCUGCAAGCUUCAAGGAAGCAGCAAUAGACUUCACAACAGCAGCUGCAAGCAUAGAGCCAACUUCGUUCAGUGAGCAUCAUACAAAAAUUCAUGAUAUAUUCAAAGGACAACUAACAAUGCAUCACUUGGAUCCUCUCUGUCAAGAGCUUUCUCUCUCAUUUUAUCAUGAGAUCCUCUUACAAGUGAGGGAAAGGGAAGGACAAGAAGUGGAAAUGGAGCUGAUGGAUUUUGUAAGGAAGACAAUGUUUGGACCAGUUGUGAAGCAACUUUUUGGACAGAGCAAUCUUCAGUUAUCAGAGGAAGAAAUUAAAUCAAUGCUAACCAAUUUCAUAAAAUAUGAUGCUGACUUUAAAUAUGCCCAAUUACCAGCUAUAUUUAAUAGAGAAUGGGGUAGUACCAAAGAAUAUUUGUUAAACAUAAUGAAGAAGGUAGUUGGAAGGGUCCCGAAACAAGCAGACUGUUUAAAGCAUGCUGCAGAACACAUUAUUAGUGCAGUAGAUCCAGCCAAUGCUCCAGGCUAUUCACUCAUGGUAUUGUGGGCUUCACAAGCUAAUGCUAUACCAAUCUCAUUCUGGACUCUAUCAUUUAUUCUAUCACAUCCAAACGUUUACAAAAAGAUAAAAGAGGAGCUAAAAGAAUGGCCUCUCUUUCAAAAAGAUAUGAUGAUAUUUGGAAUUAAUGUUGCAGAUGAGACUAGUUUUAAUGCAGUAAAGGAGGAAGAUCUAAAGGCAGCUCCACCAACCAUCAAAAGGGCUAUACUUGAAGCAAUUAGACUCAGAUCUCCAGGAAUGAUAGCAAGAAAAGUCACAGAACCAAUAAAAAUAAAAGAAUACACAGUACCAGCUGGACACUACCUAAUGAUGUCACCAUACCACAGUCAUAGAAACCAAACUUAUUUUCCCGAUCCAGAGACUUUUAAUCCAGAGAGAUGGUUAGAGUGUGAUAUUGAUAAGAACCAGUUCCUUCCUGGAUUCAUUGCAUUCGGUGGAGGACGCUACCAAUGUCCAGGAAGGUGGUUUGCACUAAUGGAGCUACACUUGUACAUAUCAAUGAUCCUCAAGUUGUUAGAUAUGACAUUAAUAGAUGAGGUUCCCAAACCAAGCCCACUGCAUUUAACUGGCAGUCAACAGCCAGAAGGAUCAUGUUUCGUGAAGAUUAAACUGAAAUAAAAUUAUUACUAUAUACUGUACAUAAAUAUAAUUUAUAGCGAUUUGUUUAAAGUAUGUUUGCUUGUGUUCCGUCUUACAAAGUGAA